AUGGCUAAUUCAUCUCACUGCUAUCUGCCUCGCUUCACUCCGGCGGUCGAUGGGCCUAAACGCCCGAUUUCGAUGAAGACGAGACCGACGCCUUCGCAACAUGCGCAGUUGUUAACCGCAUGGCACGAAGGGCGUCUGGAAUCGACAUUGCAGGCCACCUGGGCCCUGGUUCUGCAUUACUAUAUCCGCUCCGAGGAUAUAUGCUUCGGCUAUCAACACAUCGACGGCGACUCUAUUUCCUCUCGACACCCUGUACAGCGGUCGAGUGUCGCCAACCUGUCAAAAUUUCGGCUGGCCAUCAACGAGAGCGACUCCAUCCAGGGAAUUGUAGAUAAAGUGCGUGACCGCGAUGGAGUCGACUCGCAGCUGGGGGAAGUGGGAAGCGACGAGGGCGCUUCCGUGGGAGGCUACUUGCCCUUCAACACCAUCCUGAUGCUGCGUACAUAUCGCAAGGCGCACGAUUCACCCUCCUCGCCUCGUUCUCAACAACCAAUUCCGGCAAACGUUCUUCCCGACCAGUGCCAAGUUCGCCUCCAUGCGAAGGUGUUGCGCCGGGACAUCAGCAUCUUCCUCGAAUGGCGAAACGGGGACAUGUCUGGGGAGCAGAUGAAAAGCGUUGCCCACAUCUUUGAGCAGAUGCUCGCGCAAGUACUCUCGCCUGGAAACACCGCUAUUAGCCAGCUUAAUUUGUUCUCGGAAAACGACUUGCAGCGCAUCCGCCAGUGGAACUCGCACACCCCCAAGCUGUACGAUCGCACCAUCCACGACGCUAUUCAUGACCAGGCUCUCAGUGGCCCUGAGCGGGAGGCCGUGAGCGCAUGGGAUGGCAAUUUGACAUACGCUGAGCUUGAUGCGUUGGCCUCGAAGCUCGCGUGCCAUUUGCGCAUGCAGGGGGUUGGCCCGGAAGUGCGCGUUGCGCUCUGCUUUGAUAAAUCGAAAUGGAACAUCGUUGCCAUGCUUGGCGUAAUGAAGGCGGGCGGCGCCUUCGUCCCGUUGGAUCCCACCCACCCAACCUCGCGCUUACAACGUUUAAUCGAAUCUGUCAAGGCCGCGGUGGUGUUGUGCUCCCCAUCGCGCGCCGAGGCUCUGCGACCUAUUGCGAACACUUUGAUCCCUCUCUGCGCAGAUACUCUGGAAGGACUAUCGGACCCUGCAGAGGGCGUCGAACUUGCAUCCGGUGUUACCAGCGAGAAUGCUGCAUAUGUUCUGUUCACUUCCGGGUCCACGGGAGAGCCUAAGGGCACCCUGUUGGAGCACCGCGCGUACUUGUCAAGUGCGAUGGUGCAUGGCCCUGGCCUGCGUAUCUUCCGAGAGACACGCGCCCUCCAAUUUGCGGCUCACACCUUCGAUGCGAGCUUGGCCGAAUCGCUGACCCCCCUGAUCCACGGUGCUUGUGUGUGCAUUCCUAGCGAGGAGCAGCGACUGAACGACAUUGUUGGUUUCAUCAACGAACACCGGGUGAACCAGGCAUGUUUCACUCCGUCCUUCAUCGGCUUUAUUGAAAUCGAAAGUGUGCCCGGAUUGCAGAGUCUCGUUUUGGCCGGCGAGGCAAUGUCGCAGUCCCAACUGGCCACAUGGUCCAAAAUUCAACUGGUCAAUGGCUACGGUCCAACGGAGGCCAGUGUCGCAUCCGUGCUGAAUUCGAAUGUCACACCUACUACCGAUUGUAAAGAUAUCGGCCUGCCCGUCGGUGUGCGCUCCUGGGUGGUCAAUCCUGAAAACCAUGACGAACUCUUUCCCGUGGGCUGCCCUGGUGAACUAAUUCUCGAGGGGCCGACGCUCGCCCGUUGCUACGUGAAUAAUCCCGAGAAGACGAACGACUCUUUCAUCUACGAUCCCGCUUGGGUAAAGCUUGAUCCUGGAAGGGGAUCGAACCGCAGAUUUUACAAGACCGGCGACUUGGUGAGGUACAACUCCGACACGGGCGCGCUGAACUACGUCGGUCGCAAAGACACCCAGGUCAAGGUUCAUGGUCAGCGUAUCGAACUGGGCGAAAUUGAGAAUCAAUUGAAUAAGGACAGUCUCGUUACGCAUUGCUCUGUUUUCUUCCCCAAGUCAGGUUUCUCCAAGGGUAGGCUCGCAGCUGUCAUUUCAUCCGUGGGGCUUCUCGCAGAACAAUCAGAUACAGAUCUGGAGCCCUUGCGUUUGAUAUCUCCAAGCCAAAAAUCGAGCCUUGUGCCAGGAAUCCGCGAACGACUGUCGGCACGUCUACCGACUUAUAUGGUUCCUUCGGUUUGGCUGUGCGUAGAAGCUAUGCCACUGCUACCAUCUGGCAAACUUGAUCGAAAGGGGAUUGCAGGUUGGGUGGUCAACAUGGAACAGGACCCUGAUAUUGCAGAGGCCGCUACUAGAACACAACUCCCAGGAGAGCUAUCUCAACCUGCUAAUGAGAAUGAGGAGGCUCUGGUCAUGGUGUACAGUCGUGUUCUGAACAUUCCGCAGAAUCACGUCAGCCUGGAUGAGAGCUUCCUCGCAAUGGGUGGUGAUUCCAUUGCCGCCAUGACCUGCAUCGGUAUGUGCAAGAAGCGUGGCCUUGCUCUCUCGGUGCAGGAGGUUUUGCGCAGCAAGUCCAUUCGGGAUCUGGCAUCGCGGGCUCGAGCCAUUGACCAUGCGACGACCUACCAGGAAACGGUUGACCAACCGUUCGAGCUCUCCCCCAUCCAGGUUUUGCACUUUGGUAUUCGGAAGGAGGGCCAGGGUCAUUUCAACCAGGGGAUUCUCACUCGCCUCAACAAGCCUGUCGACGAACGUACCCUCCACAAGGCGAUUGAAACACUCGUCUCCCGUCACUCCAUGCUCCGUGCCCGAUUUGAUGAUUCCGGAUCUGCAACAGCUUUGAAGCAGCGCAUUACCCAGGAUGUGGAGAAUUCCUUCCGGCUCCGAACGAACAGUGUCGACACCAUUGAAGAGACGAAGACCUUCAUUGCUAGCAGUCAAGCUUGCAUCAACGCAUUCUCUGGGCCGCUCCUGGCUGCUGACUAUUUCCACGUCAAUGGUCAGGAGCAGUGCCACAUAUUGUCCAUGACGGCUCAUCAUUUAGUGGUUGACAUUGUCUCGUGGAGGAUUAUUCUUGAAGAUCUGGAGGAUUUGCUAGUCAACCCCGGCAAGUCCUCGAGUGAGAAUGGUUCUCUGCCUUUCCAGACCUGGUGCAAGCUGCAAGAGGAACACUGCAAGAACUUGAUCAAUGAGAAAAAGGCAGCCACUGAUCAGCUUCCAGCAAUCGACUUUGGGUAUUGGGGACUCAGGAAUAGCCAGACAACAUACGGCGAUGUGGACUGCGCAUCGUUCGAGAUCGAUGCUGUGCACUCCAACAGAAUCAUGAUGGAAUGUCAUAAAGCCCUGAACACCGAGCCAAUUGAUUUGUUCCUUGCAGCGAUGCUUCACUCGUUUGGCAAGUCUUUUACCGAUAGAUCCUUACCAACGAUCUACAAUGAGGGCCAUGGUAGAGAAGUUUGGGACCCAUCGAUUGACAUUUCUCACACUGUCGGUUGGUUCACCAUUCUACACCCGAUCUUCGUCUCCGACUACAAGCCAGACAGCGCCAUCGAUACCCUCAUCCAGGUCAAGGAUUUGCGCCGCCAAGUUUCUGAUAAUGGUCGUGCGGACUUCGCCAGCCGUGUACUUCAACUCGAAGGCAAAACAGCUCAUCGCCAUCCCCACCCGUUCGAAAUGUCUUUCAACUAUGUCGGCCAGCACCGUGAUCUCCAGAGAACUGACGGGCUUUUCCAGCUUGUAGAUCAAAUGGCUGGUGAAGCUGGUCAAGGGAGUGACGCUGCUGACUUCGGAAAGGAUACUCCCCGUUUUGGCUUAUUCGAGAUCUCUGCCAUGGUUGUUGCUGGAAAGAUUCGAUUCACAUUCUCUUUCAACAAAUUUAUGCAGCAUCAGAACCGUAUUCAUGAAUGGGUCUCUCAAUGUCAGCAGCAGCUGGUUUCAUUGUCUGAGCAAUUGACGGCGAUGUCGCCCCGAUUGACGCUGAGCUCCUUCCCGAUGCUUUCUUUAAAUUACGAGAGCUUGGACAAGUUGCUCACACAGAAAUUGCCAGCAAUUAAGGUCAAAUCGCCAGACAUGAUCGAAGACAUCUAUCCUUGCUCUCGUAUGCAGCAAGGUAUUCUACUUGGUCGGACUCGGGACAGUUCGUACUAUGCGGUGCACGACACGUUUGAGGUUCGCGGUACUGGGGCGACCAAGCCAAACCUGGAUCGCUUGGUUGAGGCUUGGAGGCAGGUCGUUUCUCAUCAUGCUAUGUUCCGUACCAUUUUCGUCGAGAACCUCACUCCUCGCGACCCUUUCUGCCAAGUGGUCCUGAAGCAAUGUGACAUUUCGCCAGUCAUCCUGCAAUCUUCCAGUGAAAAGGAUGUUAUGGUUACCUUCGAUGCUCAACAACCCAAGGACUACAGUGAGGUUGCCCCCGCGUAUAGGUUCUCCAUUUGCCAGACCCUCGGUGGCAAGCUCUUCUGUCGCAUCGAGCUCAGCCACGCGGCAAUGGAUGGCAACUCAAUUUCUAUUCUCAUGCGCGACCUGCAGCUGGCUUAUAAUGGUAGAUUGGAGGAGAGUCGACGUCCCUUAUUUAAGGAUUACAUACGCUACUUGCUCGAUGCGCCGCAAGAGGCCAGUACUCAGUAUUGGCGCUCCUACCUUACUGAUGCCAGGUCUUGUCUCUUCCCGGUUCUCACGGAUGGCCAGAAUUCUGUUGAAAAGAACUUACGAUCAGUACCCGUGAAUUUUGGCUCUCUUGCGCAAUUACAGACUGUGUGCGAGAAGAAGGGCAUCACCUUGGCCAAUGUAUUCAAUGCGGCCUGGGGCCUCACACUGCGUUUGUUCUGUGGUUCCGAUGACGUGAUCUUCAGUUACAUGGCUUCUCUUCGAGAUGUGCCAGCCGAGGGAGUUCAGAGGGUCGUUGGUCCUGCCAUAAACCUCAUGGUCUGCCGUAUGAAGAUCUCCAGUGACACCCUUCUCAUGGAUGCCCUUGAGCAGAUCCAGAACGACUACAUGGAGGGCAUCCCGCAUCGUCACACCUCCCUCAUCGACAUUCAGCAUGCCCUCAAAACAGCUGAUACCAACCUGUUUAACUCUGGCGUCUCAUAUCGUCGUCUUCCUAGUGCCAAGGAUGCUGUCAGCAGCGACAUCGAGUGUGUGGAGGUUGGCUCUAUUCACGAUCCAGCCGAAUUCCCUGUUUUUAUCAACAUCGAGGCGAUGGAUUCUCAAGCUCGGAUUGAGCUGAACUACUGGACCACCAAUCUCUCUGAUGCCCAAGCAGCCAACGUUGCCAACACAUAUGUCCGAUUCCUCGAGAGCAUCCUGACCAAUGCGGAUAGCCAGAUCGGCCAGCUGGACUGCCUGAGUGAUUCCAAUAAGGCUCAAAUCCAAGCCUGGAACAAGAAGAGCCCCAAAGGUGUGGAUCGUUGUACCUAUGAGGGCAUUCAGAAGAUGUCGAAGCAAAAGCCGGACGCUUUGGCCAUCGCCGCUUGGGACGGAACUCUCACUUAUUCGAAGCUGGAUAUUUACUCUUCAAGGUUAGCCAGCUAUCUAGUCACAUUUGGAGUUGGCCCCGGAAGCCUGGUUCCAAUGUGCUUCGAGAAGUCCGUCUGGAACACCGUGUCUAUGCUGGCCAUCAUGAAGGCCGGUGGCGGAUGUAUCCCUGUUGACGGCCCCAAUACCAUGAGUUUGAUUGAAAAAUGGGUUCUCGACAAUGUCGUGCAGGUUGCCGUCGCUUCGCCUGAGAAGGCUCAAAUUCUCGAGGAGGCUAUCCCUUAUGUUAUCCCCGUCAGCGAGUCUCUUCUAGAGUAUCUUAAUGACGAGCCCCUCCCGUCGACAGCUGGCCCGUCUGACCCGGCCUACGUCGCCUUCACCUCUGGGACCUCGCGCCGCGCUCGUGGUGUUGUUCUUGAACAUGGUACAAUUAUGACACGUGCCGAGGCCUUUGCCAACUCUCUCGGCAUAUGCGAAUCUUCUAGGAUAUUGCAAUUUGCCGCGCAUACCUCCGACCUGUUCCUGCUCGAGAAUAUCGCAAGUUUGAGCCGCGGUGCCUGUCUCUGUAUCCCAGCUGACGUUGAGCCAGCGAAUCUUGCUGCCUCAAUCAGUGUUCUGCAAACCAAUCUCACAUGCAUCACUCCCACGAUUGCCAGCUUUUUAACUCCCAAAGAGGUACCUACUCUCAAGACUGUGGCAUUCGUUGGAGAAGCUGCAUCUCAAACGCUGCUGGAAAACUGGACAUCUGAGGAUCUCCAAGUCCACCUUUUGUACGGAAACACCGAAGCUUCUACCGCGUCUAUGCACUGCAAAGUUGUCGGCAAUGUUACCGAGACUUCUGUCAUUGGAUCGGCGAUUUCAUGCGUCCCAUGGGUUGUUGAUCCCAACAAUCACAACGCCCUUGUUCCUGUCGGCGCCAUUGGUGAAUUGACAAUCGAGGGUCCUGUUGUUGCUCGUGGCUACCUGGCUGGUACCAAAGAUGGCGAGACGGAAUUCUUCGAGAAGCCUGCUUGGAUUUCUGCCUUCGCCGGUGGUAAAAAUCGCAAGUUCCUCAAGACUGGCGACCUUGUCCGGUACAAUGCCGAUGGCUCUCUCGUUUUCCUCGGCAGGAAGAGCAGUGGCAUCAUGUGCCCUGACACAAUGUUCAUCCAGCAACUCGCGGGUGAUUUCCUUGGACCAAAGCGAAUGUCUGCCAUCGAUAUGGUGAGACUGAAUGAAGAUCGCUCAGACCUCAUCGUUGCCUUCAUUGGAUCGUCAAGAUCCGCAACAAGCACCGUUGAUGAACAAGUCAUUUUGAAGUCUGCGCCCGAGUUGAAGUCUACCAUCACCUCGCUGCACUCUCAUCUGGUCAGCAAACUCCCUGCCAGCAAGGUUCCUAGUAGAUACGUCCCUCUUUCCUCCCUGCCCCUUACUCCAUUUGGCAAGCUAAACUAUCAGGCCUUGAGAACCGAGCUUGGAGCUCUACCCGACAGUCAGCUGCGAUCAUUCGACUGCAAACACUGGACUGGGUCCAUUUCGGCUAAUCGCACCUCCAUUGGAUCGGCUGUUUUGAACAACCAUCUCAACUUCUGGAAAGAGUAUCUUGCUGAUGCUGAGCCUUGCAAUUUCCCGCCCAUCUCACACGAUGCUACCAAUCUUCAACGUUCCACCCGGACUCUCAACAGACAGACCCAGAAGUUGCAUGCGUUCAGUAAAAUGUCUGAUGUUUCUGUCGAGAUCUUGUUCCAGAUAGCUUGGGGUAUUGUGUUGCGAUGCUACACCGGGUGCGACGAUAUCUGCUUCGGCUUCUCUACCGAGGCAGAUGCGCAAGGCAUCUCUGUCUGCCGCCUCCUUCUGAACAACGACCGUAACUUGGAAGAAACCCUUCAACAGUCCAAGGCCCAAUCCAAUAAAGUCUGCGAGAACUUUACUGAUCUUGCCGCCAUCAAACACCACCUCAGCCUCGACGAUGCUAGUCUCUUCAACACCCUCCUCACCUACCGCACUGCCUCUUCAUUGCCCCAAGGCGACGCGGGUGAUUCCACCGCAACUAGAGACUACAAGAUUGCUGUUGCGGCAGUUGUUUCCAACACUGUCGCAGAGAUUCACUUUACAUAUACCUCGGACACGCUCACGGCCGCCCAAAUCACCCAUGUCAUAGAUGCCUUCGAUCAUAUUUUGAACGACCUGAUGUCUAGUAGCCCCUUACAUCGCACUAUCGGCGAUCUUGAUCUCUUCCCUGAGCGGUCUUGCCGACAAAUUCGUGACUGGAAUGCCACCCUUCCCCCCAGAAUGGACAAGUGCGCCGACGAGCUUAUACAACAACAAGCCCUCCUCCAUCCUCGUGCUGAAGCCGUUUGCUCCUGGGACAAGAAUUUUACUUAUGGUCAAUUGGAAAUCGUUGCCAGUCGUCUUGGACGCUUUUUGGCAAAGUCCGGGGUGAAGCCUGAGGUUUUCGUUGUUUUAUGCUUCGAGAAAUCAGCUUGGGCUGUUGUCGCUCAGCUGGCUGUCCUCAAGGCUGGAGGCGCGUUUGUCUCCAUCGAUCCUUCCCAUCCCGACUCCCGUUUGCAGAUGCUGAUCGAUGAGAUUGGUGCUGAUCUUGUGUUGUGUUCCGCCUCCCUCCAGACGAAGCUCGCCAAGCUAUGCAAGAAGGCCUUUGGUGUCUCCCAGAGUUCUAUCUCACAGCUUCCAGAAUCUCCUCUCGCCUUUUCCAGUAUUCGACCCACCCCCCAAAAUGCCGCCUAUGCCAUUUUCACGUCUGGAACAACCGGCAAGCCCAAAGCAACCGUCGUCGAGCAUGUUGCCUUGAGCACCACUGCUAUUGCCAUGAUGGAUGCUCUCCACAUGGACUCUGGCACUCGUGCACUUCAAUUCUCUAACUACACCUUUGAUGUCAGUGUUCUAGAGAUUAUGAUGACCCUGAUGACCGGUGGUUGUGUGUGUGUACCCAGUGAAGAAGAACGGAUGAACAAUCUUGGUGGUGCCAUCCGACGCAUGGAAGCCAACUACAUGUCUUCCCCCCCUGCAAUUGUCAAUACCCUGGAGCCCAAGACCGUCCCCACCCUGAAGACUAUCAUUACUGGUGGUGAGAAGAUGCCUGCAAACCACAUUGAUCGCUGGCAUGAUCGGUUUGUCAUCAACGCGUAUGGUCCUUCCGAAGCCACGGUUGUCGCCACUGUCGGCGUGAAGGUGGACUGGGAGGGUAAUCGUGUCAACGAUGAUCCAACCUCCAUUGGUACCGCCGCCAACUGCAGAGUCUGGAUCGUCGAUCCCAACAACUACAACCGCCUUCUUCCUGUUGGUGCUGUCGGCGAGAUGCUCCUCGAGGGAAGCAAUAUUGCCCGUGAAUACCUCGGCAACCCAGAAAAGACCAAAGCUGCUUUUGUGGACGAUCCGACUUGGAGCCAUCACAAUGGGCUGCUUGGACUGUUCAAGCGCAAGGAUCGUAUGUACCGUACUGGUGAUCUUGUUCGCUACAACAACGAUGGCACUCUUGCAUUCAUCUCCCGCAAGGACACCCAGAUCAAGUUCAACGGCCAGCGAAUUGAACUUGAGGAGAUUGAACACCAAUGCGUUCGAUGCCUGCCCGAGGGUUCUCAAGUCGCCGUCGACGUCGUUGUGCCCCAGGAGCGAACCGUCGCCAAGGCGCUUGCAGCCUUCUUCACCGUUCAUGAUGAGGAUUCCCAAGGUGGUAGCACCGAUCAGUUCACACCUACGAUUCCCGGCGCUGAUCCCCUGCUACUACCCAUAUCGGUCUCUAACAUGGAUGCCGUUCAGAGAUUGAAGAGCUCCCUACCAGACCUUUUGCCCCAAAGCAUGAUGCCUCGUCUCUUCUUCCCGCUACGAAACCUUCCGUUUACCUCCUCUGCCAAGAUUGACCGCCGCAGGCUUCGUGCUAUGGUGCAGACUUUGUCGAAAGAAACCCUCAAGUCCUACAUCACCUUUAACGCCUCGGGCAAGGACGAGGAAACUUGCACGGAUGGUCUCGAUGCAAAGCUACGCGACCUUUGGGAGAAGACACUCGACCUGGAGGCCGGGUCAGUCUCUAACGAAGACAGCUUCUUUGCCCUGGGUGGCGACUCCUUCUCUGCCAUGAACCUUGUCGGUGCUGCUCAGGCCGAGGGAAUCGCACUCAACGUUGCGACUAUCUUCAAGACUCCUGUUCUCAUUGAUAUGGCAAAGAGCUGCUCUAAAUCCAUACAGACCCCGCCCGCGAAGGCUAUGGCUCUCAAGCCCUUCUCACUCCUGCCAUCCUCUGUUGACCUCGGCAGCCUCCUGGACGAGGUGACUGAAAAUUGCGCGUUGACAAAGGAUGAUGUCCUUGAUGUAUACCCAUGCAGUGCCGUUCAGGAAGGCCUCUUGACAAUGUCCAUCAAACAUCACGGGGCAUAUGUUGCGCAACCGGCCUUCCGCCUGGCCGAUGGUGCCGACCUCAACCGCUUCAAGGCCGCCUGGCAGCAGACAGUCGCAGACCUAGACAUUCUUCGGACUCGAAUCGUUCACACUGAAGCAAUGAACUUCGCACAGGUCGUUCUCAAGGAUAUGCCCAUUGACUGGGUGCACGCCGAUUCGUUUGAAGAUUUGUCCAAGGACAUCACCGAACUUCCCAAGCACAACGGUGCUCCUUUAGCAGGAUAUGCAAUUGUCCACCCUCGCCAAUCUUCAGAUUUCUACUUUGUGUGGUCAGUUCAUCACGCCCUCUACGACGGCUGGAGCAUUCCGCUCGUUUAUCGCAGACUCGAAGAAAAUUACAAUGCUUCGCAGAACAAGAUGCCCGCCGCCCCAUACAGACUCUUUAUAGAGUACUUGAAUAGCAAGAACAUGGAGGAAUCCGACGCAUUCUGGAAGAGCUAUCUUGCCAACAUGUCUGGCACUCCAUUCCCACAGAACAAGAAUUCCGUUCCUGAUGCUAUUCGUGCGGGAAACACCCAGUACCACACAAUGGAAUUUACGCGACCGGCAAACAGCGUUGACUUCACUCUUCCUGUUCUUCUCCGUGCCGCCUGGGCCCUCGUGGUAUCGACUCACACCGCUACGGGUGAUGUCUGCUUUGGCGAGACUUUGUCCGGCCGCAACAUCGAUCUACCUGCCGUUGGUGAUAUUGCGGGGCCCGUACUCUCAACUGUUCCCACACGUAUCAUGGUCGACCAGGAGAUGUCCAUCAUUAAGUACCUUGAUCAGAUUCAUCAAUCCACCACUGACAUGAUCCCUCAUCUGCAUUCUGGUCUGCAACGUAUCCGCGCACUGAACAACGAUACCUCUGCAGGGUGUGGUUUCCAGAACCUCCUGGUCAUCCAGCCCACUGAGGGUGAGCUGAACAGCAGUAUUUGGACUGACGAGAAGCGCGAAACCAGCGAAGACUUCUUCACCCACCCACUCGUCAUUGAAUGUGGCAUCUCUAAGACACGAAUUUCAUUCACCGUUCAUCAUGAUGAACUUGUCAUCAAUGGCUGGCAGAGCAGACACCUUGCUGAGCAAUUUGGCCAUGUGUUGAGUCAGCUUUUGUCAACCCACAAGACAAGUACGGACAAGCUUGCGGAUUUGGAAGUUAUCAGCCCUCAAGACAAGACAGAGAUUGCUCGAUGGAACCAGCGUGAAAUUCCGUCUGUCGAGCGGUGCGUUCAUGAGUUCAUUCAGGACAAGUGUAUAGAGACACCAAAUGCACCUGCAGUUUGUGCAUGGGAUGGCGAGCUCACCUACCGUGAAUUCUGGGACCUCGCAUCUUCCUUCGCCAAGUACCUUGUCUCUCGCGGUGUUGGCCCGGAAGUCUUUGUCCCUGUGUGUCUCGAUAAGUCUGCUUGGGCAAUGGUUACCCUGAUCAGUAUUCUGAUCGCUGGCGGUGGCUACGUUCCCUUGGAUCCUCACCAUCCGGUUUCCCGACACGAAGAGAUCUUGAAGGACGUCGGUGCAAACAUGAUUCUGUGCACUCCCAACUACACCAACAGAUACACCCGAGUUGUCAAAACUGUUAUUCCAAUCAGCAAGGAUACUCUGAAAGCGUAUGGAUCUCUCAAUGUUCCAGCCAGGAAAUGCACCAAAGUACAACCUUCAAACAUGGCUUACACACUCUUUACUUCUGGAUCCACCGGACGCGCUAAGGGUAUUGUUGUUGAGCAUCGCAACGCAGUCAGCAGUAUCAUGGGUUUUGCUCCAAUGACUCUGAUGGGUCCCAAGUCGAGGGUCUUCCAGUUUGCUUCGCUGACCUUCGAUGCCGCGAUCAUGGAGACUUUGGCAAUCCUAAUGCUUGGCGGUUGUAUUUGCGUUCCAAGUGAGGACGAGCGCCUCAACGACGUGGCUGGUGCCAUUCGUCGUCUCAAUGUUACAUGGACCUUCCUCACUCCCUCUAUUGCAAGCAUCAUUGAGCCGUCGUCCGUGCCUUCACUUGAAAUCCUCAUCGUCGGUGGUGAGAAAAUGUCACAGGAAGUCAUCACAAAGUGGGCCAAUGUGCUUCAUCUGAUGAAUGGCUACGGUCCCACGGAAACCGUUGUGUUUGCAGUGGUUGAUACUGCUGUCGCCAGCAGUCGUGACCCUGCUCGUAUCGGUUAUGGUAUCCCUUGCACUUUGACUUGGAUCGUUGAUGCUGAGAACCAUGAGCGCCUUGCACCACUCGGCGCUGUCGGAGAGCUUGCACUUGAAGGUCCAGCAUUGGCCCGGGAAUAUCUCAACAAUCCGGAGAAGAAUGCAGAGUCGUUUAUUCUGGAUCCUGCCUGGGUCAAAGACUUCAAGUCCUCCGUUCCAUCGCCCCGGCGGAUCUACAAAACUGGUGAUCUUUGUUACUACAACCCCGAUGGUUCCAUUGAGUACAUCAGCCGCAAGGACCACCAAGUCAAACUGCACGGUCAGAGGAUGGAGCUUGGCGAAAUCGAGCAUAGACUUUCGGAACACGACGCAGUUCGGCACGCGGUCGUCAUUCUGCCCAAGACUGGUCCUUUGAAACAGCGUCUUGUGACCGUCAUGUCGGCGAACGAGAUUGCUGCCGACAACAAGCUGAUUUCUGAUAAGCCUUGCGAGCUCCUCGAUGAUGACGAAUUUGACAACAAGGGUCUGGCCAUUCUUGUUGAGGUCCAGAAAAGCCUUGAAGCCCAAUUGCCUGUCUACAUGGUUCCCCAAACCUGGGCUUUGGUGAAGAAGUUGCCGAUGCUUGUAUCUGGCAAACUUGAUCGGAAGAAGAUUUCUGCUUGGCUCGAGAACAUUGAUGAUGACUCUUAUGAGCGCAUUAUGCAAGACUUCGACCGCAUGAAGCGUGGCGUGACUGAGAAGCCGCAGGCCGAGCAGGAAAAGAGUGGUUCCCUCAAGAUCAUUCGCGAGAUUCUUGCGCAGGUUCUCAACAUGUCUCUGCAAAAGGUCAAUAUCGACCGAUCUUUUGUCAGCCUGGGCGGUGACAGUAUUACCGGAAUGGCUGUGAUAUCCAAAGCGCGAAAACAGGGGCUCAUUGUCACAUUGAAUGACAUCUUGGAAGCCAACUCUGUCAAAGAAUUGGCCCAGGCUGCCACUUCAAAGGCUCCGGCUGUCAGUCAACGACAGGAAAUGUCUGGGGAAGGAUUCGGGCUUUCGCCUGUUCAAAAGUUAUAUAUGCAGUCCUCAGCUUCCUUCAAGGGUGCAUCUCGAUUCAACCAGAGCAUUACUGUGCGCAUCGCCCGUCGAGUCGAAGGCGAAGUCCUGCGCAGAGCAAUCAACGCUGUCACCAGCCAACACUCCAUGUUGCAGGCCCGCUUCAACAAGUCCAAGGACGGAAUCUGGCAACAGAAAUGUGAAGUGGACCUUGAGGCGUCUUACCGGUUCCGCGUGCACUCUGUGAAUGACACUCGGGCAAUGGUUCCAAAGAUUGCUGAGAGCCAGUCCUGCCUGGACCCGCUCAACGGUCCUAUAUUUGCUGCCGAUCUUUUCAAUCUUCGCAGUGGUGGCCAAGUUCUCUUUGUUGUCGCACACCACCUGUGUGUCGACAUGGUUUCAUGGCGAAUCAUCCUCCAGGACCUUGAGGAGCUCGUUGUCUCGGGUUCAUUGUCUGAUGAGAAAGCACUGUCCUUCCAGAGCUGGUGUGCCAUGCAGCUGGAACGCGCAAAGAUGAAUGACGCUGGUCUUACUCUUCCAUUUACCCCAGAGAAGCCGAACCUAGGCUACUGGGGAAUGACCGACACUGCAAACCAAUAUGGUGACCUCAAAAUGGAGUCGUUCACACUGAGUGAAGAUACCACACGGUUCCUCCUGAAUGAUUGCCAUGAAGUCUUUGGAACGGAUACUGUCGACAUAUUGCUUGCGGCGAUCAUUCACUCUUUCAGCCUGAUUUUCACGGACCGCAAGCUUCCUACUAUCUACAAUGAAGGUCAUGGUCGUGAGCCAUGGGUCGCAAGCAUCGACCUUUCCAGAACUGUUGGCUGGUUCACAACUAUGACUCCAUUGCUUGUUGACAGCAACCAAGGUACUAUUCUUGACAUCGUCAAGCGUGUCAAAGACACACGUCGCAAGAUCACCGAAAAUGGCCGUCCCUACUUCGCUAAGAGUCUUCUUGCAUCUGACCAACAGUCGUCUGAUGAUUUUAAUGUUCCCUUCGAAAUUCUUUUCAACUACCUUGGAAAGCUCCAGCAGCUGGAGCGACCCGAUUCCCUCUUCCGCCACGAGGGUAGUGUUUUCGACAGCUCAGACUUUGCGGUCGCAGGAGACAUGGGCCCCGAGACACAUCGAUUUGCUCUAUUCGAGCUUUCUGCAAUUGUCGUAAAGCAGCGUCUCAAUGUAUCAUUCGCCUAUAACCGCAAGAUGUCUCGAGAGCCUCAAAUUCGCCGCUGGAUACUACAGUGCAAGCACACUUUCGAGAAAGAUAUGUCUGUUCUGAGAAAUGCCACCCCAGAGCCUACCCUCAGCGACUACCCUCUGCUGCCCAUCAGCUAUGACGGUCUCCGAGUUCUGACCAGCCACACCUUCAAAAAGCUUAGCAUUCGCAGCAAGACAGAGGUGGAGGAUAUUUACCCCUGCUCGCCAAUGCAGGAGGGUCUCUUGCUCAGCCAGCUUCGAGAUUCCAGUGCUUACAUGUUUCACACCAUUUUUGAAAUUAAGGAUACGCGCUCUGGAAAGGUUGAUGCCGAGAGACUUGCUCGCUCAUGGCAGAUGCUCGUUGAUCGACACCCAGUCCUCCGGACCGUCUUCAUUGACAGCAACUAUAGCGGUGGAUCUUUUGAUCAGCUUGUUUUUAGCAAGCUCAAUGAUCACGUACUUCGUGUUGAGUGCUCUGACUCGCAAGCUGAUGACAAAUUGAGAGCCAUCUCACUUCACGACCUUAACGCCAUGCGACCAGCCAAGCUGUCACACCAACUUACAGUCUGCAAAACUACAAGCGGACGUGUGCUGGUCAAACUUGAAAUCAACCACGCGAUCAUCGACGGUGGUGGUGUUGAUGUGCUCCUUCGCGAUUUGGCCCUAGCUUAUGAUCGCCGUCUUGCUGAGGGUUCUGGUCCCAAAUUCAGCGAGUACAUCCGGUACAUUAGAACACAGAGCCAAGUCGCCGCCCUUGAUCACUGGAAAGACUAUCUAGGGGGAGUUCGUCCAUGCCAUGUUCCUCCCGCGGCUCAACCACAAGCCAAGCGUGAGCUGAAGGGUGUUUUGAUGGAAUUCACGCGAUACCCCGAGCUCUUGCGCUUCUGCGAACAGGCUUCUGUCACUCUGGCCAAUCUGACUUUGACAGCGUGGGCCAUAGUUCUGCGGGAGGUCACUCACUCCGAUGAUGUCUGCUUCGGAUACCUUUCUGCCGGUCGCGAUGCGCCCGUCAACGGUAUCCAGGACAUGGUUGGAAUUUUCAUCAACAUGCUCUGCUGCAGGGUCAAAUUUUCUGGUCAUCAAACUCUCGCUGACGUCUCGAAGCGAGUUAAUGGUGACUACAUUCGCAGCAUUCCUCACCAAAGCUGCUCCCUCGCCAGCAUUCAGCAUGAACUCGGCUGGCAGGGACAGUCUCUUUUCAACACUACACUCUCUAUUCAGAACCACAACGUUGCGGGUGGUAACAAGGAGAAAGGUCUCUCCUUUGACCUGCAACAUGCUCACGACCCCAGUGAGUAUGCUGUUACUGUGAAUGUCGAUAUCUCUCGAGGCGCAGAAGGUAUCAUGCUGCGCUACUGGAAUGACAUGGUGAGCGAUGACCAAGCACAUUACUUGGUACGUAGCAUUGCCAAGGUCUUCACUAGCUUCAUUGAGUCGCCAUUUUCAAAGAUUCAAUCCUUGAAAUUCGAAAAGAGUCUUGUGGAGGAACGAAACUCGGAAUGGGCCAACUCUCAGUCCACUCUCAAUGAGAAAGCCAAGCUGGGCAUCGAAGCUUUGGAUGGUGCUGCAAUCCAGAAAAUGAUUGACAGUCGUGUGCAUGAGAUCAUUGGUCAGAUGCUCAGGGAUGGAAAGUUGAUGGUGCCGCACAUGCAGCCGGAGAGUUUGUCUGGCUAUGGACACACUGAAGAUGGAGUGGAUUCGCCGUACCCAUUAGAGGGUAUACAAGGAGGAGCUGAUGAUUCUGGUGUUUGCUCUGCAACUUCCAGAUCCAGCGAGGAUGGGAUGAUGGCGGACCUUGAGAGAAGAUUGUGGACUCUUUGGAGCACUGCCCUGGGCCUUUCGCCCAAUGUUGUGCGACACCAGGAAAGUUUCUUCAAGUUGGGUGGUGACAGUAUCACCGCAAUGAAGAUGGUGAGCGCAGCCCGCGAAGAGGGUUUGGUUCUUACUGUUGCAGAUGUUUUCAACAAUCCCGUUUUCGAGGAUAUGCUGGCAACCGUUCGUGCAGCAAAUGGCACUCAACAAAUGUUGGAUGUCGAUCUGAAGGCUGCUCACAAGGACGUUGAUUCUUUCACUGACAGCAAGCCCGCAACGUUGGCACCAACUCCAUCCUCCGAAAGUAUUUCCGUUCUCAGGCCGAUGCAGGCUGUCGACGAUGCCUCGGUUCAGAGUGGUAUCUGCCCAAAGAUCGGUGUCUUUAAGGGUGGCAUCGCCGAUGUUCUGCCAGUGACCGACUUCCAGGCCAUGUCCCUAACUGCAACUCUUUUCAAGUCACGAUGGAUGUUGAACUAUUUCUUCCUCGAGGGCAACGGACCUUUGGACCUGCGCCGUCUCCGUGAGAGUUGCUUAAAGGUUGUUGAUGCAUUUGAUAUCCUGCGUACUGUUUUCGUCUGCUUCCACGACCAGUUCUUCCAGGUGGUUCUUCGCAAGAUUCGUCCCAGCAUUUUUGUCUACGAGACUGAUCGUGGAAUGGACGAAUUUGUCAUGAACCUGCAGCAACGCGACCGUGAAUAUGGCCCCCGCGAAGGAGAGCAGUACGUACAGUUCUACGUCGUCAAGAAGAAGAACAGUGACGAACACCGCAUUAUGAUUCGUCUUUCCCACACUCAAUACGACGGUGUCUGUCUUUCCAAGAUUAUGUCUGCCAUCAAGCUUGGAUAUGAGGGUAGCCCGCUUCCUCCUGUGACUCCCUUUGCUAGUUACCUGCGUCAACUUCCAGGUACCGUCGGUCCAGACCAUUACAACCAUUGGUCCAAGCUUUUGAGGGACUCGCAAAUGACGCAGGUUGUGCGCCGCAAGGGCACUUCGAUGUUCCAGAACGUUGGUUCUUUCACCGAAAUUCGCAAGAACAUUGAAAUCCCUCCCACCGCUCUUGGAAACGUCACUGUUGCGACUCUUAUGCAGGCUGCUUGGGCCAUCACCUUGGCAAAGCUGUCAGCCCAGUCUGAUGUGGUCUUCGGCCUGACAAUCAGUGGGCGAAACGCGACUGUUCCUGGCAUUGAGACUACAGUCGGCCCUUGUGUCAACGUCAUUCCAGUACGCGUCAAGUUUGAUGAGAAAUGGACUGGUCUUGAGCUUUUCCGCUAUCUUCAAGAUCAACAAGUCUCGAACAUGCCCUAUGAGUCCCUGGGCUUCCGCGAGAUUAUCAAGCAGUGCACUGACUGGCCCGCAUGGACAUACUUCACCACCUCGGUGUUCCAUCAGAAUGUUGACUACGAAGGCUCCCUUGAGCUUGACAACACCAAGUACCGCAUGGGUGGUGCCGGAGUGAACGACAACUUUGCAGACUUGACCAUGGUUUCUCGUCCUGCAGACGACCGCAGCCUAAGCGUCACUCUUGGGUACUCUGAGAAGGGACCUAUCCUCCCUGCCUUUGCAAACAAGGUCCUCGAUAUGGUCUGCGAGAUUGCGCUUUCCCUAGUCGCAAACCCCUCCACUGCCUUGCCUUCACCAAGCAUGCUUCGCUCUCUGCCACCCCAGGUUGUGGAUGACCAACCCCGGUCCUCGGAUGAGCACUUCCUCAGCGCUCACCUCAAGUCGCGCUCUAUUGCCGAGUUGCUCGUCCACUCCGACAUCUUGUCACGCUCGUGGCAUCAAGUCCUCCCAAACCGUGCCUCGACCACCACGACAGACCCAGAUGCUGGAGACAAACCUAGCCACCAGGCUGCCUUCCAGCUUGACUCAUCAUUCUUUGAUCUUGGGGGCGACAUCUUCAACAUGGCCCAACUCACCUGGCUCCUUGAGCAAGAAGGUCUCAAAGUCCGCCUCGAGGACCUUCUUGAGCAUCCUUCUUUCCUUGGUCAGAUGGCCGUGCUGGCUUUGCACAAUGCAAAACAUCCAGAAGAUUUCCCCCCUGACUUUGCUGCUGGUGCUGUCUCACCUGAUCCUGUCACCUCUACCCGUGGCGAGAAGAAGAAGACCUGGGAGAAGGCCAUGAUGCUCGCUCGCAAGUUGACGCGCAGGAACACCAUGGUUUCAAGCCACGCUUGAUACUCGAUCGUACAACCACCCUCCGUUGCGGAGAAUGACUUCAUAUCAAAGCUACAUCCAGCCGAACUCAAUCAAAAAAAAAAAUCAAAAAAAAAAAAUCAAAAAAAAAAAAUCAAAAAAAAAAAAUAGGUCAAACUCCCACGGGGACUGCAUCCUUCCAAAGAGUCCAUCGCCGGAUAUUGUGUAAUUUUCUUUUGUCUCCUUCAUUUUUCAUGUGCGAAAUACUUGUCUCAGAACACUUUUCUGAAUAUUUCCUAUAUCAUUAUUCCAACGCAAGGCUAGUUACAAUAAUAGAACAAGUUGGGCGGCGAAAAUAGCUUCUCACGACCCUAUCUUACAGUUCCGGCCAUUAUCCCCUUCUAUGUACUCUUGAAACCUCCCCUCUAUUCGAUUGAGAUAAAAAACUUCUUUAUUCGUGACAUACUCACA